GGAAGUGUAGACAUGCGCAGUUGAUCAGCUGUUAGCAGCUGCGUUGUCAACUAAAAGACAGGCGUGAUUGUUUUUUUUCUGUUUUUAUUUUUGAGUUUGAGUCUAUAUUCUUUACAAAUGGCUGGUACUGCGUUAAAAAGACUGAUGGCUGAGUAUAAGCAGCUGACUCUAAACCCACCCGAGGGGAUCGUUGCAGGCCCUGCAAAUGAAGAGAACUUCUUUGAGUGGGAGGCUUUAAUUAUGGGUCCAGAGGACACGUGUUUUGAGGGCGGAGUAUUUCCAGCGCUCCUCUCCUUCCCGUCAGACUACCCCCUCAGCCCUCCUAAAAUGAGAUUCACCUGUGACAUGUUUCACCCAAACAUUUACCCAGAUGGCCGUGUGUGUAUCUCUAUCCUGCAUGCUCCAGGAGACGACCCAAUGGGCUAUGAGAGCAGUGCUGAGAGAUGGAGUCCUGUCCAGAGUGUGGAGAAGAUCCUACUGUCUGUAGUCAGUAUGUUAGCAGAGCCCAAUGAUGAGAGUGGAGCGAACGUUGAUGCUUCCAAGAUGUGGCGUGAGGACCGAGACCAGUUUUACAGCCUGGCCCAACAGAUCGUCCGCAAGUCCCUGGGUCUCUAAUAACAACGACAUCACAUCGUCUAUGUAGGUCCCAAAUGGCAUCCUAUUCCCUAUAGCGCGCACUACUUUAGAGUCAAAGUUCUAUGAGGCCUGGUCAAAAGUAGUGCACUAUAAAGGGAACCUCUGUCUGGAUCUAACCUACCGCUUCCAUUUCACCCAACAUGUCACCAGGACAGGAAGUUGUCAUAACCAGGAAGUUACAGGAGACUACAGUGACAAUUUAGACUAGCUGGUAAGCAUGGAGACGGCCGAUGACUGAUGGCUCCAUCUCUGGUUGUUUCCAUGGGUAUGAUGAACCCACAAAAACCAUUUGACUCAAAUGACCUGUUUCGUUCCGUUGUCACCUCUCUCUCUCUCUCUCUCUCUCUCUCUCUCUCUCUCUCUCUCUCUCUCUCUCUGUCUCUCUGUCUCUCUGUCUCUCUGUCUCUCUGUCUCUCUGUCUCUCUGUCUCUCUGUCUCUCUGUCUCUCUGUCUCUCUGUCUCUCUCUGUCUCUCUCUCUCUCUCUCUCUCUCUCUCUCUCUCUCUCUCUCUCUCUCUCUCUCUCUCUCUCUGUCUCUCUGUCUCUCUGUCUCUCUGUCUCUCACUCUCUCUCUCAAGCACUUUAUAUUGUUUUCUCCAAAGGAAAAUGUUUAGCGUGUUACUGCCCAGAAUGCCAUUCACUCUGCAAUAUGGCUACAUAGAGGUGCUGUGACUCAUUGGAAUAGUAAGUAAAUAAUAAAAGUGUUUGUGAGAACUUGUGAAUGUAAUAGAAGAUAUCUUUAUUAACACUGUCAACAUGUGACUGACACACGAAUGGCUCUUCUGUUUUAGGGUAUUCUCCCAUGACCAUCCUUCCAAAAAUCCUCUCGUUGUUUCAACUAUUGAAAACUGUCUUGAGGCUAGAGUAAUGACAUCGAUGUGGGGAAUAAAGCUUUUCGCUUCUGGGUGGUACUUUUUUGUUUUUUUGGCCUCAAAAAAAGAACACGUUGAAGAUAUUACUAUUUAUACAGACCUGUGUCGUUGGGUGUUUGAAUGUGGUGUAGAUAAAGAUGAUUUAGGCUGUGGCGUCGUUUGCUGUGUCUCUCAAAGGGGUUUGAUAGUCUGUAACCGUGACACAAAGUUACAAAGACUCAUUUUGCAUCAUAUAUUUCUGUUAGAACGACUGGCAGAAGAAUAUGGCUGUCGUCUAGGACCAUGGAUAAAUAGAUUCUUCAUCAAAUGAUUUGAAAAUAUAUAUGAGGAUAUUCCUCUAAGAA